AUUGUGGUCAUUAUUUAACAAUAAAUAUACACAUGAUGUGGAUGAUUGCAUAUUUUUAAACCAGUGGUUAUAUUUUAUUAUAAAAGAAUAUAGUAUUCUAGAUGAUCGUAUUGAUUUUUACCAUGAUGGCAUAGUGAGUAGGCUUACUUCUGAUGAGAAAAAAUAUAUAUGUCAUUAUUAUUCAUAUGAAAAAAAUUAUAAUGAACCAAUAAACAUAAUAAAAUUACAAGUUUUUGAUCUUAAUAUAAAUAUCAUUGAAUAUAUGUUAACGAAUGAAAGUUAUUUAAAUCAUUUAUCUUUUAAAAAUUAUAUCUGUGAAUGUGUUAAUAUAUUUAAAGAAAUGUAUAAAGGAAACUGUCCAUAUAAAGAAGAUGAAGAUAAAAAGCGCAAACAAACUUGUGAUUUCUUAAAUAAUUUUAGUAAAAUAUAUAUGUCUUAUCUUUAUAGCAAAAAGGGCAUAAAAGACAAAAUACCAUUCUUACAUUCUACAGAUGAUGAAUUUUUAGCAGUAUGCCCCAUAGAUAAACUAGAAAUAAGACAAGCACCAGAAUCAGAAUUAGUAUCAGAGUCAGAAGGAAUAUCCGUUAAUGUUGAGCAAUCAGGAAAUACGUUAUUAUUUAAUAGAAAUGCAGUUGUUGGUACAAUAGCUGGAAUGCCUCCAUUUUUAGCUUUAAUAUAUAAGGUUAAUAUAUCGUGCGCUUAA